CAGAGGCUCUGACUCUCUCGGUGGUGCGCAUCCAGGAGAACCUGGCUCGGGCGCGGAUCGGCCUUCAAUAGAGAAGACGAAUAUCAAGCCUGAAACAGUAUACGAGGCCAAGUUACGCUUUCCUUAUGAGCACGUAUCUCUAGGUGACUAAUCCUCUCCUAGGAAUUUCUGGCACCUUAUGGAUCAAAUGUCCCUCUAUUCCGACGAAGACGAUGAUGACGACGUCGAUGACAGCAACGUCAACAACAACAACAACCACCACCACAAGGGCGGCGUCAACGGCAACGGCAACGGCAACGAUGAUGAAAACGACAGCAGUCUCCCACGCGAUGAUGUUUGCGAAUCUGUGAUCAAGAAGGCGUUGAAUCAGGCAUACGACAGCAACGACCACAUUCUGUUUGGUCCACGCAAGAUAAAUGUUAAUCUCUCCUUCUUGCACCCGGAACAGGUCCAAAUCUUCAGGCUUUGGCAGAUUUAUUUGGAAAAUAUCAAUCCGCUGCUCAAAGUUACGCACACCCCUACCCUGCAAGCCCGCAUUAUCGACGCCGCCAGCGAUGUGGCAAACAUAAGUCCUACAUUCGAAGCGCUUAUGUUUAGUAUAUAUUGCGUCUCUGUUCUAAGUCUCUUCGAAAACGAAUGCCGUACUUUGUUUGGAUCGCCAAGGGAAGACCUUCUAGCGAGCUAUCGGUUUGGAUGUCAGCAAGCUCUACUCAACUGUGAAGCUUUGCGGUCCGAUGACCACGAAUGUCUGACGGCAUUGUAUCUCUACCUAAUCUCGGUCAGGCUCGAUGCGGACCCACGGUCUCUUUCUUCAAUGCUUGGCGUUGCCAUUCGCAUUGCACAACGCAUGGGUAUUCAUAACGAGUCAAACUAUGCUAGAUGCAGUGCUCUCGAGGCUGAGAUGCGCCGCAGACUUUGGUGGUCUCUAGUCAAUUUUGACAAUCGCAUUUGCGAGAUAUCUGAUCACAAGUCCUCGAUGUUGGCUCCUACCUGGGACUGCAGGACUCCUCUCAAUGUGAAUGAAUUUGACAUCCGGCCAGAGAUGAGGACCCUUCCAGCUGUUCACGAGCAACCCACGGAUGCUCUUUUUGCCGUCGUGUGCAGCGAAUUGGGUGAUUGUAUCCGCCACCGCGCCUUCCAUCUCGACUUUACCAAUCCAUCUUUGAAAGGAGUUGCUAAGGAUACUCGACACGGCGCUGGUAUAGAAGGAGGCGAGCUCAUCGCCCUCGAGAAAGCCAUGGAGGACAAAUACCUUAGAUUUUGCAAUUCGGAGAAUCCGCUUCAUUAUAUGACAAUCUGGUUCACGCGCGGUUAUCUUGCGAAAAGCCGUCUCCUGGAACACUACUCCAGAUACCCGUUAGCGCAGCAGACGGGCAUGACCGACAGGCAGCGCGACGCUGCCACCUCCUACGCCCUAUGCAUGCUCGAGUGUGAUACCAAGCUUAUGACUUCCCCUCUUACGAAAGGAUACCUUUGGCUUGUUCAGUUUCACUUUCCAUUUCCUGCAUACCUCCACAUUGCUCAAGACCUAAAAAAGAGGCCUCUUGAGGAGUAUGUUGAGAAGACUUGGAAGGUCAUGAGCGACAACUACGAGGCUCGCUUCUUGAGCAUCAAACAAAUGAACCCUUUUUUAAAAUUUCUUUCCAAAAUUAUCCUUCAGGCGUGGGAGGCGUGUGAAGCAGCAUUUCAAAGAUUAGGAAAACCACUGGAGCUUCCACGGAUUGUGCCAGACAUCAGAUCCAAAAUGAUGCAAAUGACCUCGAAUGCACAAAACAACAAAAUAGACCGGCCUAGCGGUGCCCUGGACAUGAGCAUUGACGAUUUUUCAAUGCCCAUACCAAUGGAAUUUCGUGGCUUUGGCACGCCAUACGGCAUGGAAGGGCAGGAUUUCGCGGGUUUGGCGCCUGAGAUUUACCCGGACAUACAUAGACACACCUCAAUGGACGUCGACAUGAAUCAUUUAGAUGGGACCACGACUGACUGGUAUUUGAUGCAUGCCUGAGGCUGGUGAGGCUGCUAUGUCAACUGAGCCACAGCUGCCUCACUAGCCGUGCUAGACAUUACUCUAGACUGGCUGUUCUUGGCAGUAAUUCAGGCUCUGGGCAGCAACGAAUCAUCCACAUUUGGCUAUCGCAACUCUCUCGAACAUAAUCAGAUCAUGGUCCGAAUUGCUCAAGCCUCAAUAUUGACAAUGGGCCUCUUGAGCUUCAGGAAGCUCUAUCCGCUUUGCUGAAUUAAGUGGCUGCGUUCAACAUGGGUCAGUUCAAACCGGCUGAAGAUCUCCCAGGCUCGUUAAAGGAAGUUUCUACUUUUAGGAUUCCAGCUGGAUAUGAGCU